AUGUCGAAAGAUGGAGAAAAAAGCGGAUGGAAGGAAUCUAUAUGGAACCCGAGGACGAGGGAGUUCCUGGGCAGGACGGCUAGCAGCUGGGGUCUUAUUCUUCUCUUCUAUGUAGUUUUCUACAUCUUCCUUGCCGGCUUGUUUGCACUCACCAUGUAUGUCAUGCUGCAGACCUUGGAUGAGCACAAACCAACCUGGCAAGACAGGCUCUCCACACCAGGUAUGGUGAUUAGACCCAAAUCGGAGACCUAUGAGAUUGUCUAUAGCAUCAAGGACACUGAGAGCUGGGACAUGUACGCUCAGGCCCUGGACAAGUUCCUGACACCCUACAACAACUCCGUCCAGGCUGAGAAAAAUAAUGCGUGCACCCCGGACCAGUACUUCCUGCAGGAGGACAGCGGCGAUGUGAAGAACAACCCGAAGCGCUCCUGUCAGUUCAACCGCACCAUUCUGGAGGACUGCUCUGGAAUCAAUGAUCGUUACUAUGGAUACCAGGACGGCAAGCCAUGCAUCAUCAUCAAGCUGAAUCGGGUGAUUGGAAUGCUGCCAGGAAAGGAUGGACAGGCUCCGUAUGUCACCUGUGGCGCGAAGAAAUACAAAGUUGGCAAAGAUCAAUGGAGAGAAGACUCUGACAAAAUUGGAGAGAUGAUUUACUUCCCUCCAAAUGGCACUUUCAACCUUAUGUACUACCCUUACUAUGGCAAGAAAGCUCAGGUGAACUACUCUCAGCCUUUGGUUGCCGUCAAGUUCCUUAACAUUACUGCCAAUGAAGAUAUCAACAUCGAGUGCAAGAUCAACGCCAACAACAUUCCCGUUGGAGGUGAAAGAGACAAGUUUGCCGGACGAGUGUCUUUCAAGCUGAGGAUCAAUAUCAACUAGGUUGACCUUUUUACUCUCCUGAAAACUACUUUCUUCAUUCUCUGCAACAUUGCACAUACACAGAAACAAAUUUCAGUAUUCACACCCUUUGUAGGAAUUGUUUACA